AUGGGUUCUGUAGGGCUUCUUCCUAAGAAGUACAAGGCGAUUGUCUAUGACAAGCCUGGCAGCAUCUCGACAAAGAUUGAGGAGUUGGAUGUGCCGGAGCCGGGACCGGGGGAGGUUCUGGUCAAUCUCACCCACUCCGGCGUCUGCCACUCUGACCUCGGCGUCAUGACCAACGCUUGGGCAGCAUUGCCCUACCCUGUCCAGGCAGGCCAAGUUGGCGGCCACGAGGGCGUCGGCAAGAUCGUGAAGAUGGGCCCGGGAACUGACCGCUCUGGCGUGAAGAUGGGCGAUCGUGUGGGUAUCAAGUGGAUGGCUGGCAUAUGCGAGGCAUGUGAGGCCUGCAGAGCGGGUGCUGAUGCGAGUUGCUUCAACGGGAAAGUCUCCGGAUACUACACCCCCGGCACCUUCCAACAAUACGUCCUGUCCCCCGCCAACUAUGUGACCCCGAUCCCCGACGGUUUGGACUCCGCUGCCGCCGCCCCCAUGCUCUGUGCCGGCGUCACCGUGUACGCCGCCCUCCGCAAAUCCAACGCCGAGUCCGGCCAAUGGGUCGUCAUCAUGGGCGCGGGAGGCGGGCUGGGCCACCUGGCAGUGCAAUUCUCCGCGCGUGGCAUCGGCCACCGAGUCAUUGGAAUCGACCAUUCCAGCAAGAAGGACAUUGUCCUGGAGAGCGGCGCAGAGCAUUUCAUCCCCGUCGACGGGACCGAGAACAUGGCCGACGAGGUCAAGAAACUCACCAGCAACCUCGGCGCCCACGCCGUCGUCGUAUGCACGUCCAAUAACGCUGCCUACGGCAUGUCGCUCGACAUGCUGCGUUUCCGCGGCCGCGUCGUGUGCGUGGGCAUCCCCGAGGGGAAGCCCUUACCGAUAACGAGUGCGUCGCCGCAGCUGCUGGUGGCGAAGGAGCUGCAGGUUGUAGGGUCUGCGGUCGGCGAUCGGCGGAUGGCGAUUGAGACUCUGGAUUUUGCGGCGAGGGGCGUGGUGAAGACGCAUUUUCGGCUCGGGAAGAUGGAGGAGUUGACCGAGGUGUUUGAGGAGAUGCAUCGGGGGGAGUUGAAGGGGAGGGUGGUGUUGGAUUUGCAGUAG